CAGUCUGAACACAGCACUUGGUCUCAGGACUCUUCAUCCUGUCAAGUGCGGAGGAGAAAAGCUCUAUUAAAGGACUAACUUCCGUGAGAUUCGGAUCACAAUUAUUAUUAGCAGACUUAACGCCGUCCCUGGACUGUACUGACAAGACGAAGCAGCCAUGCGUUUGAUCCAGAACAUGGCAACUAUCGCGGAGUGCGCCGCACCGGAGAACUCUCAGCCGAAUAGAGCCAUCAAAAUAGCAGUGAUCGGGGGGAGUGGAGUCGGCAAAACCGCACUCGUCGUGAGAUUUUUGACGAGGCGUUUCAUCGGAGACUACGAGAGAAAUGCUGGGAAUCUGUACUCUCGAGAGGUCCAGGUGGACGGGGAUCAAGUCACCAUCCAGGUUCAGGACACUCCGGGUGUGGAGAUGUCUGACAAUGGCAUCAGGCUGCCAGAUCAUGUGACCUGCUCCAUUAACUGGGCCGACGCCGUUGUGCUGGUGUACUCGGUAACUGACCGCUGCAGCUUUGACUUGAUCAGUCAGCUGCACCAGCUGGUUGUUCGUGCAGGCGGUGCCAACAUGCCCCCUGUCAUCCUGCUGGCUAACAAGGCAGACCUGAUUCACCUGAGGCGAGUGGACUCCCAGCAAGGGGUGGUUCUGGCAGAAACGCUCAGCUGCUCCUUCUACGAGGUCUCAGCCAGCGAGGACUACAGUCAGGUCCACGAAGCCUUCCACCGAGUCUGCUGCCAGCUGGCGAGGCAGCCGCAGCCCACCUCCAACUCCUCCAGUGCUGUCGCAGAGAAGAAGCGAUCACCCCUCAUCCCCAGACCCAAGUCGCCAAACAUGCAAGAUCUGAAGAGGCGCUUCAAGCAGGCACUGUCCGCCAAAGUCAGGACAGUCACAUCUGUGUGAGGAGGCAGCUGAAGCUGAAAGUGUUGACAAGAGAAGACUCCCAGGUCUGGUCCAGAGUUGUGACGUGAGCAGAUGGGGGUCGAUCACAGAGGAGUGCAUCAGUCCUGGAAGAUCUCAGUGAGCACAGAGGAAGCAGCAGUGCAAAAGCAAGCCUGCAUGCAAUCCUGUGCUGGAGACUGUGGUGCGGAUGAACCUUUAUUUUAAGCUGCUUUUGAGGCAGCUCCUUUCAGCUGCAGUGGUGGCACUGCCCACCGUGGUGUUCUUCUAACAACCACUUGCAGUGCGGAUGCAGUGAGCUUGUCUGUAACCGUUUUGUAGUAUUUGUUUGCACUGCUACGGUGCAUGAACAUGUCAUAAGUGACAGGGUGAAGUGUGACAGCGGAAUGUAGCAUGCGAUGAGGUUAUCACUGAUGCACUUUAUUAUCGAAAAAGAAUAGUCCAAAGGGCCAAAUAUUUAUUUGUUAGUGACUCACGUUUUGGAUCACAAUAAAAGGAUGAU